AUGGACGUUCGUGCCUCCGCCAGCUGCAUAAAAUGGAUAAACGACUAUCAAUGGAAAAUUUCGGCAGUUAACGAGGGAAAUGGUGCAGAGUUCGAAUGGAACAAUGCGGUAAAAGGAGCUACAAAAUUGUACCGUACUCUCAAUAUUACGAUUUCAGGGGUACAAGAACGGUCAAAUCAGAAGUCAUCCGCCGUCUCCGUCCCAGAUUCGAACCUAUUUUUGUGA